UACUGGGAAAAUGUGCGUAGGCGCUUGAUGUGCCCUGGGGGAUAUUCCGUAAAAUGGUUGUACGUGCAGAGGUUUUGUUUUUGUUUUUUUGGGGUUUUUUUUGGAAACAGACAAUUCUUCUAUGGCAAUCUGAAAUCCUCCUGAAAGGGAGUAACAUCAGAGUUGAAGUAAUUGGCAACAAAAACUCCUGUCCAACAUGUUCAGACACAGGCCGAAACCCCCCCAAGCCCUGAUAUAAGCUGUCUUCCCACUCUCACCCCUACUCUUAUCGCUGCUGAGUCCUGAUUGGAAAUGGUAAGCACUUGACAAGCCCCUUUUUAGACUAGAAAGUCUGAUAAAAGACACAAACAGAGUGUGCAGAGGUCAGAUCACUUUCCUUCCCUGCUGAGGAAGAGAAGUAUGGAGCACCCGGCAGCCUUUGCCUUGACACUAGUGGUGUGUUUGGGUCUUUGUGAUGCUGCCCCCACAACGCCAUCGUCAGAUGACCAUCAGAUAGCAGAGGCUUAUUUGUCUCAGUUCUACAGGGACCCCAACACAACUGAAUCCCGCGGCAGAAGGGUGAACCUGCCCGAUUUUGAGAAUGAUCUAAAAGCCAUGCAGGAGUUUUUUGGGCUUGAAGUCACAGGAAAGAUGGACAAAAAUACUCUGGAGGUGAUGAAGCAGCCACGUUGUGGAGUCACUGAUGUUGCAAGAUUUGGCCACUUCCAAGGGAAGCCCAAGUGGAAGCAGAGUGUUGUGACAUACAGAAUAACUGAAUACACAUCGCAAUUGAGCCAAAGAGAGGUGGACGCCACGAUCGCUAAAGCUUUUCAGCUCUACAGUGAUGUUAUUCCACUCGAUUUCAAACAGAUCUACAGCGGUACAGCUGAUAUCAUGAUUCUUUUCAAAGCUGGAUAUCAUGGAGAUUUUUACCCGUUUGAUGGACCUAGUGGGGUUCUGGCCCAUGCCAACUCCCCUGGACCAGAACAGGGAGGAGACACACACUUUGAUGAGGAUGAGAAAUGGACCCUAAGACCACAAGGUGUGAAUCUGCUUUUGGUGGCUGCUCAUGAAUUUGGCCAUGCGCUAGGACUAGACCACUCCCAAGACCGAUCUGCUCUCAUGUAUCCAACUUACCAAUACAUCAACACGAAUGGCUAUAAACUGCCCCAGGAUGACCGACUUGGGGUCCAGGCCUUGUAUGGUGUUCGAACACCUACAGUUAAGCCUGACCCAAAGCCUGAGCCAAAACCAGAUCCCGGACCGAGCCCGCCAGAACCAUGUAACCGUGACCUGGUGUUUGAUGCAGCAACCAGUAUUCGUGGAGAACUGUAUUUCUUCAAAAAUGAGCAUUACUGGAAAAAGGGCUUCUACAGUGGACUUUCAACACAUAAAAUAAAAUCUACAUGGCGGUCCAUUGAUUCUGUUGAUGCUGCUUAUGAGUUCAAGGGCAGAGACAUAACCUUCCUCUUCAAAGGUAAACAGUACUGGGCCAUAAGAGGCAGCACUACUUUGACUGGAUAUCCCAAACCCAUAUCCAAAUUCGGAUUCCCUUCUACUGUUAAAAAGAUUGAUGCAGCUGUAUAUGUGGCAUCGACUGGCCGCACUUUGUUCUUUGUUGGAAGUAAAUAUUGGAGCUUCAAUGAAAGGACAGCUAAAAUGGACGCAGGCUUUCCUAAAACUAUUUGGCAUAAUAUCCCUGGCAUUGGGUCAAAGGUGGAUGCUGCUUUUGAAAAUUAUGGUUACCUGUAUUUCUCAGAUGGUGCACAGCAAACUGAGUAUGACUUUGGCUCAAAAAGAGUGAAUCGUGUUCUGUUGAAUUAUGGAUGGCUGGAUUGUUACUAAACAUUUGUGAACAUUUUUCCUUUACAUGCUUUCUAAUAAAGUACCUCUAUUUUUUAUAUCCAUUGUAGACAAGAAUAUCAAAAAUGUAUGAAACAUUCUCUCAAAUUAAUAAAAUUCUUUUUUUUUGGACAAAAACCUGACUCAGAUCCUGACAUAAAAGGCAAAAAAAAAACAAAAAACACCAAUGCAUUUAAUUUAAACUAAACUAAAGAGCGCAACAGUGCUCACCCACUUUUUUAGCCGUCUUGGUUCUGAAAGUAUUUUUCCAAUUCAUUUUUUCCAUAGGGACUUCAUAAAAGAGUUCUAAGCCAUGAACCAAACCAACCAUCUCCGACGUGAAUCACAACAUUACAAAUUUUGAUUUGAAGCAAAAAAGUAUUGGAAAAUUGGACAAAAAGACAAAGGUACAAGACUAUGUACUUACCGUCUUCAAGAGGAAUGAACUACAAUCCCAUGAAGCAUUGUGAAUGACAAUCGAAUUAAAAAGAAUGGAAAAAAAUUAAGCUAUUUAUUUAAAGUUGUCAAUUAUAAGUGCAGAAACAAUAUAUUUAAAGUACAUUGCAAAAUAAUCAGAUAUAUACAAAAAUAAAAGUAAUUUGAGAGUGUUGAGAGACAUGACUGGAUAGCAUCAUUUACAGUGCAUCAUGGAAGUGGGUGGUCACUGCUGGGUUCCUUUGGUGUUUUUUGUUGGCCACAAUUCUCUGAUUGGUCAAUCUUCCUCUGCUGAAUUAUGGGUAUUGUAGUUUUUUUUAAAAGAAAUUCUACUAUUAAACAUGAUUUUUUUUUUUUUUUUUUUUU